AAACACUCAUGAGUAGAAACAAAACAAAUGAAAAGAUCACAUUGCUUUCCUUCUACUUCUAGGAAUCAAUGUGGGUAGGACCCAACCCAUUCACUUCUCAUUGUCCAUUUCUCAUAAAUACCACCACCUUCCUCCACCAUCACGCCACCCACCACCACCAUCACCACCACCACCACAUAUAAUACCCAAUCACACACUUCAACAAAAAAUCUUAAAAAUUGUCUUUUACAAGCUCUCACCAUGUUGAACCUUUAUAUCACUUUUUAUAUCAUUUUCUUUUUUCUUAAUCAUGCUUUUGCCAUCACCUCCGAUGGCCUCUCUCUCCUCUCUCUAAAAUCCGCCGUUGUCGACUCCGACCCCACCGCGCUUUCCGACUGGACCGACAACGACACCACCCCGUGUCACUGGACCGGAGUCACGUGCGCCAACAUUUCUGGCGUCUCCGACCCAUCCGUCGUCGGAAUUUCCCUCACCGGAAAAAAUCUCCGGGGAUACAUUCCGUCGGAACUCGGCAACUUAAUCUAUCUCCGGCGACUCAACCUCCACAACAACAACUUCCACGGCCCGAUUCCUGACCAAAUCUUCAAUGCGACAUCGCUUCACAGCGUUUUCCUCUCCGGCAACAAUCUCUCCGGCGAACUUCCGGCGACCAUUUGCAACCCCCCUCGUCUCCAAAACAUAGAUUUAUCGCACAAUUCUCUCUCUGGAACCAUUCAGAAGUUUCUAGGAAACUGUCGGGAGUUACAACGGCUAAUUCUCGCCGGAAAUAAAUUCUCCGGCGAAAUUCCGGCCGGUAUAUUUCCCAAUUUGGCCAAUUUAGUUCAACUUGAUCUCUCUUCGAAUUCGUUCACCGGAUCAUUGCCGUACGAUAUCGGGCAAUUGAAAUCGCUAUCCAAAACUUUAAAUAUCUCUUCAAAUAAUUUUGGCGGGAAGCUGCCGGAAUCUUUGGGUGAUUUACCGUUGACCGUUAGUUUUGAUCUCCGGCAUAAUAAUUUCACCGGAGAAAUCCCACAAACGGGGUCGUUUACGAAUCAAGGUCCAACGUCGUUUUUAAACAAUCCUUCGCUUUGCGGGUUACCGUUGCAGAAAACAUGCGGUGGGAAUAAGUCGGUGAAUUUUCCGGCGAAGAGUUUUCCGGUGACCGGAGAUGAUGGCCGGAAAAAGGGGUUGACGGCGGGGUUGAUUGUGUUGAUUUCCGUGGCGGAUGCAUUUGCAGUGGCGUUAAUUGGAUUAUUUAUUGUUUAUUUAUAUUGGAGGAAAAAAGAUUUAAAUGGUUGUAGUUGUGUGUGUAAAGUUAGAUUUGGAGGGAACCAAAAAUCCAAAUUAUGUUCCUUGCCUUGUGUGAGUGGAUUUCCGGACACGGAUUCCGAGGUGGAGUCGGAGAAGGGUGACGCGGUUAGUGGCGGUGGCGGCGAAGAGGGAGGACUUGUUGCUAUUGAUAAAGGGUUUAGUAUCGAGUUGGAUGAGUUGUUGAGAGCUUCGGCUUAUGUGUUGGGGAAGAGCGGGUUGGGGAUCGUGUAUAAAGUUGUGUUAGGGAAUGGAAUUCCGGUGGCGGUGAGGCGGUUGGGCGAGGGUGGUGAGCAGCGGUAUAAAGAGUUUGUGGCGGAGGUUCAUGCGGUCGGGAGGGUGAAGCAUCCGAAUGUAGUGAAAUUGCGAGCUUAUUAUUGGGCGCCUGAUGAGAAACUACUUAUUAGUGAUUUUAUUUCGAAUGGUAAUUUGGCAUCAGCACUACGCGGUCGAACAUCUACGGUGCUUACGUGGGCAACGAGGCUAAAGAUCACCAAAGGUACCGCAAGAGGCUUAGCGUAUCUACAUGAAUGUAGUCCUCGAAAAUUUGUUCACGGAGACAUCAAACCGUCAAACAUUCUCCUAGAUAACGAGCAUCAACCGUACAUAUCUGACUUUGGUUUGAACCGCCUUAUUAACAUCACAGGAUAUGACACGUCGUGCUCUGGUGGCUUUAUGGGCGGGGGGCUUUCGUACUUACAACCAACGCAAACCAAAAAAGUCAACAACUACCGAGCACCCGAAGCCCGGGUGUCAUCCAACCAGCCUACACAAAAAUGGGAUGUGUAUUCUUUUGGUUUAGUUUUACUUGAAUUGCUAACGGGAAAGUCACCGGAGCUUUCAUCUCCAACAACCUCGACUUCGGCUGAGAUCCCGGAUCUAGUUAAGUGGGUCCGUAAGGCGUUCAAGGAGGAAACCCCAUUAUCGGAUAUGGUGGACCCAAUGUUGCUUCAAGAGGUACACGCGAAAAAAGAAGUGUUAGCAGUGUUUCACUUAGCUCUCGCGUGUACCGAACAAGACCCGGAAAUUCGACCACGAAUGAAAACAAUCUCCGAGAGUCUUGAAAAGCUUAGAACAUAAGCCAAAUGUCAUUGACCUAUGUUUGUUUUUGUUAAAAAGGAUGAGUAAGUUUAGUUGAUUUUGGUAAUUAUGUAAUUUCUUUUCUAUUGAUGUAAAAUAAAAGUAUAUGUUUGGUGAUUGAAAAUUCUCUAAUUUUUUUUUAUCGAAAA